AAAGUGGUGCAUGUGGAUUUUGUAUUUGUGAAAGGAAAAUGAGUGAAAAAGUCGAAGAAUCAGUGAAAAAUCUCCAAAUAAACGAUAAACAAAAGGCAUGAACAUUUCCCUUUUAUUAAUUUCCAUAAAAUGUUGAAGGUUCUAAGUUAUUCGCGAGCUGCACUGCCUUUAAACCGGCGUAGUUUAGCCACAUUGGCAACAAAAAUGAAGAAGGAAAAACCAAAGCAGAACCCAUCAGGUGAUAAAUCUUCGGUAAGUGAACUGGUGCCUCCUCCCUCUUUUAUUGAGGAGAGGCUGAAACUGUGGGACAAACUUAAGGCCCAAUAUGAGGCCGAACUUGCCUCUAAGCCCGAGACUCCCAUCAAAGUAACACUUCCUGAUGGCAAAGUGGUUGAUGCUGUUGCUUGGAAGACUACUGUGUACGAUAUCGCCAAAGGAAUCAGUCAAGGUUUAGCAGACAAUGCAGUCAUUUCAAAGGUAAACGGAGUCUUAUGGGACUUGGAUAGGCCUUUAGAAACUGACUGUAAAGUUCAACUUUUAAAAUUUGAUGAUCCUGAAGCUCAGGCAGUUUUUUGGCAUUCUACUGCUCAUAUGCUGGGCGAGGCCCUUGAAAGAAUUUAUGGUGGUUGUCUUUGUUAUGGCCCGCCUAUAGAAAAUGGGUUUUAUUAUGACAUGUGGCUGGAUGACAAAGGAAUCUCCCAAACUGAAUUCUCUUAUAUAGAAGGCCUUAUGAAGAAUAUAGCAAAAGAGAAGCAACCGUUUGAGAGGCUCGAAAUGAAAAAAGAAGACCUGCUAGAGAUGUUCAAAUAUAACCCAUUUAAAGUGAGGAUUUUGAACGAGAAGGUGGACACACCCACCACCACUGUGUACAGGUGUGGACCCCUUAUUGAUCUCUGCAGGGGGCCCCAUGUAAGGCACACUGGGAAAGUGAAAGCCUUAAAAGUGACCAAGAACUCUUCGACAUAUUGGGAAGGCAAAGCCGACGCUGAAACUUUACAGAGAGUUUAUGGCAUAAGUUUCCCAGAUAAUAAACAGCUUAAGGAGUGGGAAAAGUUCCAGGAAGAGGCUGCCAAGAGGGACCACAGAAAAAUCGGAAAAGAGCAAGAACUCUUCUUCUUUCAUGAGCUAUCGCCCGGUUCGUGUUUCUUCCAACCACGAGGGACCCACAUCUACAAUUCCCUGGUGGAUCUAAUUAAGAAAGAGUACCGAAAACGGGGUUUCCAAGAGGUCGUAACGCCGAACAUUUACAAUGCCAAACUGUGGCAAACUUCGGGCCAUUGGGCCCACUAUGCGGACAAUAUGUUCUCUUUCGAUGUCGAGAAGGAAAAGUUCGCGUUGAAACCCAUGAAUUGUCCGGGGCACUGUUUGAUAUUCGAUAACAGGAUCAGAUCGUGGCGGGAGUUGCCUUUGAGGUUGGCGGAUUUCGGGGUGUUGCAUCGGAACGAGCUGAGCGGGGCACUCACGGGUUUAACUAGAGUCAGGAGGUUCCAGCAGGACGACGCGCACAUUUUCUGCGCCCCCGAACAAAUCAAGCAGGAAAUGAAGAGUUGUCUUGACUUCUUGAAGCACGUCUACUCGAUUUUCGGGUUUACGUUCGACCUGGUGCUCAGCACCAGACCCGAAAAGUACCUGGGCGAGGUGGAGAUGUGGAACGAGGCCGAAAAAGCCCUGAGCGAGUCCCUGAACGACUUCGGACAAGCGUGGAAAGAAAACCCCGGAGACGGAGCCUUUUACGGCCCCAAGAUCGAUAUUACCAUUAAGGACGCGUUAAAUCGUUCGCAUCAGUGUGCCACGAUACAGCUCGAUUUUCAGUUACCUAUUAGGUUUAAUUUGUCCUUUGUCGGUGAAAGCGGCGAAAAGAAACGGCCGGUAAUAAUUCACAGGGCCAUCUUGGGUUCGGUGGAGAGAAUGAUCGCCAUCUUGACCGAGAAUUAUGGUGGAAAAUGGCCGUUUUGGAUUUCGCCAAGGCAGGUUAUGGUGGUCCCAGUCGGUCCAAACUACGACCAAUACGCGGAGGAAGUGAAACAAAAACUCUACGAGUCCGGAUUUAUGGCGGAAGUCGAUGUGGACCACGGAGACACUUUGAACAAGAAAAUUAGAAACGCACAGUUGGCUCAGUUCAACUUCAUUCUCGUUGUGGGUGAAAAAGAGAAGACCAGUAACACCGUAAACGUGCGUACCAGGGACAACGUGGUGCAUGGGGAAAUAUCGGUGCAAGGAUUGAUUGAAAAACUGACGAUCAUGAGGGAUAAUUACGUCCAAGGGGAGGAUAAAUUUUAAGGAAUAAAAUGCAUUUUUUUCUAAUUACGAAAAGGUUGUUUUUGGUUCAAGUGAUAACCGAGAGUAUUAAGAUGCUCCUUAAUUUAUUUUAUUUGGCUUAGUGGCGAAUUAUCAUGAUCUUAAGAUCUGAAUAAUUGGCCUGAAUUGAAUAUUAUUUUGUACCUCUAUUUAUUCGAUUAAUAAUGAACUGUAUGGAAAAGCACGUUUGUUUAAAAAUGUAGUAUUACUGUUCA